UGCCGCCGUGCUAAAUUAGUUGUUAAUUGUAACAAACAGUAUUACGCGUUCCAAUUGUUAAUUUUUAGUAACAUUCAACAUUUCGUUAACAUUCCAUCACAUUUUAAAAACCAUAUGAGAAAGGAAGCGAUAAGCAACAAGUGGCAAUGCUGAUAAAGUUCAAGUUAAAAGAAUCAAAAUAAAACGCGAAACACAUUCUGAACAGCAGUCACACAUCUACACCCAACUAAAUAAAUAAUAAUAAAAGAACAAUCUUCUGAUUGUAUUCUUAAAAAAAUUAAUGUCUACGCAAAUACACUUCUACAAAUCACUGCGCUCUGUGGAAGCAAAGAACGUGGCACUUUUCUGUCAGCUCUUCGGGCUGCGCAUCUGUUGUAAAACUUAUGCUGUGUGAACUCAUUGUAAAGCCCUUUGCCAUUGAGGAAAGCUAGGUGUACAAUUAAGGAACUGUUUUUUUUCUGAGACGAGUAGAAAGACGACAAAACAUCUGCGCAGCUACAAAGGAAAGAGCGAAAAGAUGAUUCCCGGCUACGGACCCGUCACGCAAGCGCUGCUUGGCACUCUGCUCACCUGGGGCCUAACUGCCGCAGGUGCAGCGCUUGUUAUCUUUGUGCGAGGAACACAGCGCCGAUCACUCGAUGCUGCCCUAGGCUUUGCAGCAGGCGUCAUGAUUGCUGCAUCAUUCUGGUCACUGCUCAAUCCGGCCAUUGAAAUGGCUGAGACAUCAAAUCUUUAUGGAGUUUAUGCAUUUAUGCCAGUGGCCGGCGGUUUUCUGCUGGGCGCCAUUUUCGUCUACGGUUGCGACAAGUUAAUGUCCUACCUGGGUCUGAACAGCACCAAUAUGAUGAUACAAAUGACACAAUCGAAUAAAGAUAAAGCAGAUAUUGCCAUUGAUGAUCAGAAGCGAAAUGGUGCCACCGAUCGCCACGUGUCCAAGAGUCUUGACAGUUUCUCUGACUGCCUGAGCGUACAACACAGUGGUGAGCCACGACGCCGGAAGAAGGGUGGCAUUCAUGAGGUGGAACAGUGCACAUAUAUAGCUACCCAGGAGGAGCAACGGGCUCAAGAGGCGCUGUCGCAAUGGAAACGAGUCAUGCUGUUAGUGGUCGCUAUAACGGUGCACAACAUACCCGAGGGUUUGGCAGUUGGAGUAAGCUUCGGGGCUGUGGGCUCCACCAAUUCUUCGACAUUUGAGAGCGCCAGAAACUUGGCAAUUGGCAUUGGAAUACAGAAUUUCCCUGAGGGUUUGGCUGUGAGCUUACCCCUGCAUGCUGCUGGCUUCAGUGUGAUGCGUUCUUUGUGGUAUGGACAGCUGUCGGGCAUGGUGGAGCCGAUAUUUGGCGUACUUGGUGCUGUGGCUGUAACCUUUGCCAACCUCAUACUGCCCUACGCGCUGUCAUUUGCUGCAGGCGCAAUGAUCUACAUUGUAGCCGAUGACAUAUUACCGGAGGCGCAUGCUAGUGGAAAUGGAACGAUCGCAACGUGGGGCACAGUGGCUGGAUUUCUGAUUAUGAUGUGUCUAGAAGUGGCGCUUUCGUGAUGGGAAAACAACAAAUUUGUAUAUAGGUGUUCCUGUUCGAGUGAUGAUACCUCUUUUCCUCCAGUCCCUGCACUCCCAACAAAUUAGCGUAAUUUUUAAAUUUGUAGCGUAUAUAUUGUACUCUAAGUACUUAAUGAGCACUUCUAAAUGUAAAUAGUUGGCAUUAUGUAUUUACACAUAUUUUUUACAUUACUUUCUUGUUAUACAUAUGCAUGUAUGUUUUCUUGUAUGAGUUGAACAAUCUCAACAGUGCGAUUGCUAGGAAAAUUGCUCUGUGUGUUAACUUAUGUGUAACCUUAACUUAUUUUAUAAAAACAACAACGUCGACAAAGAUGACAACGAAAACGACGAGUCUGUAUCUGCAUUUGUGGGUUUCUGGCGAAUUAUGUAAAUGACUUCACCGGCAAUUGAUAUAUAAUAUUCUUACGAACUGCGCAAACAUACGUGCAUGUGAACUAGGCUUUAAGUUGUCAUCGCCUAGUGUAUUUCAAACUGUGUAAUAUUUAAGCAAUAAAACAUUACGUAUAUAAGCUGCAA